UCCCGCAGCCUUGGCCUCCUUCCUGGGCCCUUUGCCACCCACCUCCCUUUCCAGCCCGUCUUCCCUGGUGGAAGAGGCUUGGGGGAGGUAUUAGGAGGAACUGGCCCCAGGCGGGCCUUUCGACACUGGUCAGGGCCACGCCUGUCGAUCCUCCUGAGAGUUUCAGGGUUCAAAGCUCAGACUCAGUCUGGAAGCCUGCUUCUGCCUGCUCAGUGGCUGAGGAAGCCAUGGCAGGGAUCCCUCUGUGAACUCCUGGAGCAGAGUUAACUUUUGUGUGUGUGUGUGGUACCUGGGAUGGAACCGAGGGGCUGGUGCGUGCUGGGGGAGGGUGCCAGGGCCCGUGGCGCCUGGCACUGUCUCUUUUUCUCCCCGCUGUGUUAGUCUCUGGUGCCUGAACUUUGGCUUUUGGAGCAGGUCAGGUGGUUCGGCAGGGCUGUCACAGUGUUAUCUGGUGCUGUUUGGUUUCGGGCCCUUCCUGCCCAGACCUAUCCCCUCAGCAGCCCGUAGAGAAGGGAGCCAGCAGCAGCAUGCCUGGCCCAGGGCUUGGGGACCUUGGCUGCAGGGGUGAGCCAGACCCCAUCCCACUGCCCGGAGCUCCUGCAGACUCGGAUUCCAGCCCGUUGGGCUCCUGGCAGCCGGCCGGCAUGGCCGAGCUGUGCCGUACAGACUCCACGCUGACGGCCCUGGACGAGGAGACGCUGUGGGAGAUGAUGGAGAGCCACCGCUACAAGAUCGUGCGCAGCAUCUGCCCCAGCCGCCUCACCCCCUACCUGCGCCAGGCCAAGGUGCUGGGGCAGCUGGACGAGGAGGAGGUCCUGCACAGCCCCCGCUUCACCAACAGCGCCAUGAGAGUGGGGCACCUGCUGGACUUGCUGAAGACCCGAGGGAAGAACGGGGCCAUCGCCUUCCUGGAGAGCCUGAAGUUCCACAACCCCGAUGUCUACACCCUGGUCACGGGCCUGCAGCCCGACGUGGACGUCAGCAACUUCAGUGGCCUCAUGGAGACGUCCAAGCUGACCGAGUGUCUGGCGGGGGCCAUCGGCAGCCUGCAGGAGGAGCUGGCCCAGGAGAAGGCCCAGAGGGAAGCUCUGCUGCGGCAGUGCCAGCGGCUGCAGGAGCGCCUGGGCCUGGCCGAGGCCCGUGCCCAGGGCCUGAGCCAGCUGGAAGCUGACCACAGCCGCAUGAAGCGGGAGCUCAGCGCCCACUUCCACGAGGUGCUGAAGCUGAAGGACGAGAUGCUGAGCCUCUCGCUGCACUACAGCAAUGCCCUGCAGGAGAAGGAGCUGGCCACCUCACGUGCCCGCACCCUGCAGGAGGAGCUGUACCUGGCCAAGCAGGAGCUGCAGCGGGCGCACCUGGUGUCGUCCUGUGAGCGGGAAUUUCGAGAGAGGUCCCUGAAGAUGGCCAGCGACCUGGAGGCUGGCAGUGAGGAGCUGACCCUCCUGAGGGAGGAGAAUGAGAAACUGCGCUCGCUGACGUUCAGCCUGGCGGAGAGGGACAUUUUGGAGCAGAACCUGGACGAGGCCCUGGAGAGCAAGCAGGAGCUAGUGGACCGCAUCCAUUCGCUACGGGAGCGGGCAGCGGCCGCGGAGAGGCAGCAGAAGCAGUACUGGGAGGAGAAGGAGCAGACCCUGCUGCAGUUCCGGAAGACGCAGGUGGACUGUGAGCUGUACAGGGAGAAGAUGAACACCCUGCAGGGCCAGGUGGCCGAGCUGCAGAAGGAGCGCGACCAGGCGUACUCCGCGAGGGACAGAGCCCAGCUGGCCAUUUCUCAGAGCCUGACGGAGAAGGACGCCCUCCGCAGAAGAGUCUUCGAGCUGACCGCCCAGGUCUGCGAGCUGCGCACCCAGUUCUGCAAGCUGCAGGCCGAGCCCGCCACAGGGGAAGCAGAGGCCAGGGCGCCCUGCCCGCGGGGGAAGCAGCGGCUGGUGCGGAUGCAUGCUGUGUGCCCGGGGGUCGAGGGCAGCUGCCCCACCGAGGCCCAGCUCUGGUGGGACCUGGGCGCCACGUCCAGCCGGGAACUCGUGGACAGCUUCCGCUCCAGCAGCCCUGUGCCUCCCAGCCAGCAGUCCCUGUAUAAGCGGGUGACAGAGGACUUCCAGGAAGACCCCGAGUCUUUAAGAGGCUUCCAGGGAAUCUUGGAGGUGGACCCAGGAGCCCCUCCAGGGGCUAAGGGGGAUGGCACAGACCUGGAUCACGUGACCCUGGACAGGGCAGACCUUCCCCAGCCCGAGGGCAGCCCCCAGCUGUCCUCCAGGAGCCUGGACAGCCCUGAAAGCCUUGUCCCUGUGCGGCGGAGGCCGGCCCGCAAGAUCCUGAGCCAGGUCACAGUGCUGGCCUUCCAGGGACAUGCACUGCUGGAGCAGAUCAGUGUCAUUGGUGGGAACCUCACGGGCAUCUUCAUCCACCGGGUCACUCCAGGCUCAGCAGCGGACGAGAUGGCCUUGCGCCCAGGCACCCAGAUUGUGAUGGUGGAUCACGGGGCGACAGAGCCCUCCUUCAAGGCCACCCUGGAGAACACGACUCUGGAGCAGGCGGUGGGGCUCCUCCGGAGGGUGGGUGGCUUCUGCUGCCUGUCGGUGAAGGUCAACACUGAGGGUUAUAAGAAGCUGGUCCAGGACCUGGAGGCCAAAGUGGUGACCUCGGGAGAUUCCUUCUACAUCCGGGUCAACCUGGCCAUGCAGGCGAAGAGGCAGGGGGAGCUGCAGGUGCACUGCAAUGAGGUCCUGCACGUCACAGACACCAUGUUCCAGGGCCCUGGCUGCUGGCACGCCCACCGCGUAGACCCCUGCACCAUGCGGGACGGGGAGCACGGUGCCAUCCCCAACUACCCACGGGCUCAGCAGCAGCUCAUCGCCCUGAUCCAGGACAUGACCCAGCAGCGCACGGUUGCCCGCAAAUCUUCUGGGGGAACUCAGAAGCUGGUGCGCAUCGUCAGCAUGGACAAGGCCAAGGAGGGUCCCCUGUGCUCGUCCUUUGAUGAGGGCCAGGAGCCCAGCAGGGUGGAAGAUGGCUCCAGCGUGUGCUUCUGGGCCGAGAGCUGCUUCACCCUGGCACCCUACAGCCUGGUGCACCCCCACAGGCCCGCCCGGCCCCGGCCCGUGCUCCUGGUGCCCAGGGUGGUCGGGAAGAUCCUGAGCAAAAAGCUCUGCCUCCUCCAAGGGUUUAAGAAGUGCCCAGCAGAGUACUUGAGCCAGGAGGAGUAUGACAGCUGGAGCCAGAGAGGGGACAUCAUCCAGGAGGGACAGGAAUCUCAUGGCUGCUGCUGGGUGACACGCCAAGCUGUAGAGUCCCUCAUGGAGGAGAGGCCCACGACCUUGACUCGACUCCUCCUUCCCUCUCCCCCAAAGAACACCCACGCCCUCCUGGACAUCCGGUUGGACAGCGUCCGUGGCCUGCAUCGCAUGGACAUCUACCCCAUCAUCAUCCACGUCUCCAUCAAUGAGAAGAAUGCAAAGAAACUCAAGAAAGGCCUGCAGCGGCUUGGCACCUCGGAGGAACAGCUCCUGGAGGCAGCCAGGCAGGAGGAGGGCGAGCUGGACAAAGCCCCCUGCCUGUACAGCAGCCUGGCCCCCGAUGCCUGGAGUGACAUGGACGUCCUGCUGGGCUGUGUCCGCCUGGCCAUCGCAGAUGAGCAGAAGAAGGUGGUGUGGACGGAGCAGAGCCCCUGCUGAUGCUGACAAAGCCUUCCGGGCCUGAGGACCCUGUGUGCUGUGAAGGCUGUCCUCUCCUUUACUCAGCCUUGGGGCACAGCUGGCAGAUCAGCAUGCGGGCCUGGCUCCCCCGCUGGCUGGGGUCUCACUUUGCACCCUCACCACAUGAGAGGCACCAAGAGUGGUCACCUAUACCCACUAAGUGUGUGAACCCUGCACCCUUCGCCAGGGGCAUGGGCUGAACUGGAGACCCUAAGAACACUUGCAUUGUUUGGGGGGCUCUCUGGAGUCUGGGGUCCCAGGCCUCUUGGGAUAACUGGAUAAACUCCUGAUCUGGUCACGGGUUGCCCUUCCUUUCACAUUUCAAGGUAUCACAGCGACUCUCCCAAAGCCUCUGGAGCAGCCAGCUGGGACCCUCAGUGUCCCCAAGGUGGCUGCCACCCCUACCCAGGGCAGAGGCACAGACCCCGUGCACCAUGCCCCUGGUUGACUUUUCUCAGCUCCUGAUGGCUGAGAGCUGUGUCAGUCCCCCUAGGUCACAGACCCCUGUGUGCUCACCUGUAAAUAAAGUUCCUGAAACAGUA